UAACCGUGACCGUGAAUAAAAUCUAAAUACCCAUCCAUAACCUACAUAGCCGGAGUCGGAGAGGAGAUCAAGAGAGAGAAAAUACAGGUAAACUCCGAUUCUAGAGAGAGAAACAAACACAAACACCACCAGCAGUAGCAUAUUCAUACAAGAAGAAGACUCCACAAGUCAAUGGAAGACGACCAGAAGAAUCAAAACAACACGAAUCUGGAAACCACAAGAGCAGAUAGGUCCGUAUGGCUCAUGAAGUGCCCGGUGAUAGUAGCCAAAUCAUGGAACAAUAUCCCCCCUGAUUCUCAACAAAACCUUGCCAAAGUUGUUGUUUCGCUCGAUCCUCUUCGCCCCGAAGAUCCCUCUUCUCUUCAGUUCUCUAUGGAGAUGGCUGGCAGCGAGACUGUGAAUAUGCCCAAAAGUUAUGCGCUAAAUAUGUUCAAAGAUUUUGUACCUAUGGGUAUUUUCUCUGAAUCAAGCCAAGGAAGGGUUGCUACCGAAGGGAAAGUUGAACACAAAUUCGAUAUGCAACCCAAUAAUAAGAACAUGGAGGAGUAUCGUAGAAUGUGCCGUGAAAGAACAAAUAAAUCAAUGAUCAAGAAUAGACAAAUACAGGUGAUUGAUAAUGACCGAGGGCUGCACAUGAGGCCAAUGCCCGGAAUGGUUGGUUUAAUUGCUUCCAAUUCUAAGGAAAAGAAAAAAGCUGCACCAGUUAAGGGACCAGAGGUCAAAAGAACUCGAAGGGAUCGUGGAGAAUUGGAGGAUAUCAUGUUUAAGCUUUUUGAGAGACAACCUAACUGGGCUUUAAAGCAGUUGGUUAUAGAAACCGAUCAACCAGCACAAUUCUUGAAAGAGAUUUUGAAUGAGCUUUGUGUGUACAAUAAACGGGGAACCAAUCAAGGAACAUAUGAGCUCAAGCCAGAGUACAAGAAGUCGGUGGAGGAGACUGGUGCUGAAUAAAUACAACGUAUUGUUCUGUUUGUGCAAGCGACAAUUGUAGAAUGAUAUGAAUGGUUAUGUUCCAAUACUUCUCUUUCUUACAUGUAGCAUCACUGCGUCGGUAAACUUGUUUUACUUGCAUACUUCAAUGGACAUGCUUAAGAUGGGACCUUAGUAUGACAUAAGGUGUAGUGCUAAAUUUUGAAAACGAAGUUCUUAAAUCUCAUGCUUCGUAUUUCUGUUACCGUCUUAAGGUCCCAAACUCUUUUAGCUACAUGUAAUGUAUAGAUUGAUGUUUGUAGACGAUACGAUCGUAUGAGGUUUUUAGCCA